CAUCUAUAGAGAGGGAGAGAAAGAAGACAGGAGGGGGGAUUUUGCAGGAGAGAAAAGUCUCUCCUCUGCCCAUGGCCAAUUUUGUUCUUCUAUCAUUUUCCCUUUUUUAUUUCUUCUCUACAUUUUAGCUUUUUUUGCCCCUUAAUUUUCUUUAUACACAAACCCAUAAUAGAGAAAAUAUCAACAAUUUUCAGGAGUUGAUCUUUUAAAAUAUCAUGGGUAAUUGUUGCGUGAAACCCGGUAAAUCAGCUGAAAAAAAGAACAAAAAGAACAACAAACCCAACCCUUUUUCGAUUGAUUAUGGGAAACAUGCCUCUGGAACCAAGCUUGUUGUAUUGAAAGAUCCAACAGGACAAAAUAUACAUGAAAAGUAUGAUUUGGGUCGUGAACUCGGAAGAGGAGAAUUCGGGGUUACUUACUUAUGCACUGACGUGGAAACAGGCGAGAAAUAUGCGUGUAAAUCGAUAUCCAAAAAGAAGCUAAGGACUGCGGUGGAUAUCGAUGAUGUUAGGAGAGAGGUUGAGAUCAUGAAGCAUUUGCCUAAGCAUCCGAAUAUCGUGACGUUGAAGGAUACUUAUGAGGAUGAUACUGCAGUGCACAUUGUGAUGGAACUGUGUGAGGGUGGAGAGUUGUUUGACCGAAUCGUAGCUAGAGGCCACUAUACGGAGAGGGCAGCUGCCGGAAUUUUGAGAACUGUUGUGGAAGUCGUUCAGAUGUGUCACAGGCAUGGGGUAAUGCAUCGUGAUCUCAAACCUGAGAACUUUCUUUUUGGUAACAAGAAAGAAACAGCUCCGCUGAAGGCUAUUGACUUUGGGUUGUCUGUUUUCUUUAAACCUGGGGAACGCUUUAACGAGAUAGUGGGAAGUCCUUAUUACAUGGCUCCUGAGGUCCUAAAGCGCAAUUAUGGACCAGAGGUCGAUGUCUGGAGUGCUGGAGUUAUACUUUACAUUCUUCUUUGUGGUGUUCCACCGUUCUGGGCAGAGACUGAACAAGGAGUAGCCCAAGCGAUUAUCCGUUCUGUGAUUGAUUUCAAGAGGGAUCCAUGGCCUAAAGUUUCUGAUAAUGCAAAGGAUCUUGUAAAGAAUAUGCUUAAUCCAGAUCCAAGUCGACGGCUCACAGCUCAACAAGUUCUCGAGCAUCCGUGGUUGCAAAAUAUAAACAAAGCACCAAACGUCUCAUUGGGUGAGACUGUAAAAGCAAGGCUCAAGCAGUUUUCAGUGAUGAACAAGCUCAAGAAAAAAGCUUUGACGGUUAUGGCUGAGUUUUUGUCUGCGGAGGAAGUCGCUGGACUGAAGGAAGCAUUUGAAAUGAUGGAUACGGGAAAGAAGGGCAAGAUAAACCAUGGAGAGCUUAAAAAUGGCUUGCAGAAGCUUGGCCAGCAAAUCUCUGAGGCUGAUCUUCAGAUUCUCAUGGAAGCGGCCGACGUUGACGGAGAUGGAAGUUUAAAUUAUGCAGAGUUUGUUGCUGUAUCUGUUCAUCUAAGAAAGAUGGCCAAUGAUGAACACCUGCACAACGCAUUUUCAUUUUUUGACAAAAACCAGACUGGUUACAUAGAAAUCGAAGAGCUGCGUAGUGCGUUGAGUGAUGAGGAUGACAGCAAUAGUGAGGAAGUCCUCCAUGCCAUUAUGCACGAUGUUGAUACGGACAAGGAUGGUCGCAUUAGUUAUGAGGAAUUUGCUGCGAUGAUGAAGGCUGGUACGGAUUGGAGAAAAGCAUCGAGACAGUAUUCUCGUGAACGUUUUAACAGUCUCAGCUUAAAAUUGAUGAGAGAUGGCUCAUUACAAGUUGAAAACAAGGCCUAGAUCAUCAGAUCCAAAAAGUAAUUUUUUUCUAAAUAGAUAUAUCCCUUUUUUCUUUUAUCAUUGAGCAUGAAAUUCUUGUUUCCUCUUUUUCUGUUUUUUUCCUCUGCCCUCUAAACUCCAUCAUAGGCAUAUCCUGGAAUGUAUGUGUAAUCUAAAAAACUAAGGUUUAUAUACCUGUAAAUAUAUGGAAUCAGAGAUCAUACAAAAAAUUUAAACAUUUUCUUUUAGACA